UUUAAAAUGAUUUGAACAGUGAAGAAAUUCGAUGUAAAAUUAUGAGUAUGUAUCAGUAUUUUGGUAAGCCAUAUGCGGGGGAAUUUAAGCGUCCCGACAACGUGGCCUUCUAUGUUCAUUGCAAGGAUUCGGUGAGUGAGGAGCUGCCGAAGUGCCUGCACAGAAAACGCACCCAACCCACUCUCAUGCAGCUGGAAAUGAAGCAGCUGUUGGCAGGGGAGCGUCGCUCCUUUCUGGAGGAACAGAAGACCUAUCAACUGUCGAUGCAUUUGGCCAAGGUGGCUCUGGUCGUCGACAGACACCAUCGGCAAACUGCAAGCUCCUUGAAGUGCGCUCUGGACCGCAUCAACCGAGACAUGAACGAGCAUUUGCGGAGGCGGAGGGAGCUCUUCGACGCCCGCCUGAAGAGACUCAGGCAGUACAUCAGCACAGUGGGUGAACGCUGCGAUCUGGUCAGGCAUGAAAAGUUCCUCAAGAAUCUGACGGAGAUCUACAAAGCGAGCGGCUCAGAAGCAUCCUAUUAAAUGGGCGGACAAACUUUCGGAAUAAACUGAACUAAACAAUGUUUUUGUGCACUGGCACACGCCUUCAAAGUUGUCAACUGUCCACGCAAAACUUUCCACACAGUUAAAGGCUGUCUCUGUCUUCGACAGUGUUCGACAUAGUUGCAGAAAAUCGCUUGUCAACUAUCCAACAAUUCAGAACUUGCAUCUACCCUAAUUUAGUCCAGCAAGGAGUUAGCCUGUAAGAGCUUAAAGA